UUUAAGGAGAGUGUAGUGUAACCGACGAUGCUCCACAAAAAUAACCAUAGAACGAUGUUAAUUCAUCACUCUGGCGAACAGUCAAUAUUGUUUCGGGUUGGUCAUUUAUGAUGAUGCGAAAUGAAAUUAAUCUGCGCACGAAUAAAUCCGAAUACAAACCAGGAGAAGAAAUAUAUGGAGUAGUGUACUUGAAAAUCUCAUCACCAACAUGUGGACAAGGUGUUAGGCUGACAUUUUAUGGUUGUGAGAAAUAUGAGUAUGAAUACAAACGCAUUCUGGAUGAUGAGCGUGUGCAGAAGUACACAGAGUACCGAGAAUACAUGAACUAUAAUGAGGUCCUUCAUAAGGAUGAUGAGCCAUUGGUGCUGGGGAAGACUUUAUUUCCAUUCAAAAUACCAUUGUCUUCAGAGAUCCCAGGCACAUUUGAAGCUUCCAAAGAGAAUGAUGAAAUCCGAUGGCGUGCCACAGUUGAAUACAAACUUGAGGUGGCUGUGAUAGGGGCAGAACAUCUGUUGAAGGACAAGAAAGAACUGAAAGUGCAGCAUAACCUUCCCCCGGGACUUAAGUGCACAGAUUUCCCAUCAACAUACACUGUCACAUUAAAGAUAACUACAGCUUUGAUAUUCUCCUCAGAACUUGCAGUGACUUGCAGGUUGUGUGAGAAUGUGAAUCGCAGUGGAGAGAAUCUCAAGUUACGUCUCAUUAUCACCAACAACACUAGUGUCCGAGUAAAGGACAUGAAAAUACAGCUGCUGAGAUCCCUGACACUUGUGGGUAAGAGAUCCAGUCCUCAGUUGCCUAGAGACGACCCUGCUGUUGCCAUGUUGGAUGAUAACAAGAUCCAGAUCACCUUAGAAACCAGGACAUCCACAAUCAAGCAGCAAUAUAUCGACAUGACUUCUUACCAGUCAGGACUGGACAAUAUAGAGGUGCCUUUGAAGGAUUUGGAAAAUAAACCUUUACCACCAACAGUGAAUGGACAGCACAUACAAUGCUCCUAUGAAGUACAUCUGGUGUUUGGACUGUCCAAUGGUAACAGUGUGGAUCUCUACAUUCCUGUGCCCAUAAUACUGCCUGCAAAGUGUAAAAAUUGGUCCAGUUGGAGAUGUCCUGACUGGGUUCACUAUGACAGGGAUUGCGUCAACAUCCACCACUCAACAUGUGUUCUUGGAGUUCCAGAAAAGGUUCUCUCCAGUCCUGCAUUCUCUGGUAUCCCAGGACUCAACCCGGAAUGACAACACAUCACUCUGUGAUUUAUCUGCUCCCAUUCCUUGUGGGGCAGUCUAACAGACUCGCAGUUCAGACAGGCACAUUCCACGUCUUGACUCGAUAAGAGCCUUGUGUAGAGCCAGCCUUUCACUCCAAGGGAUGCAAGACUCAGUUUGAUGCACUUUACAGAUAUAUAUAUCCAUUUUGUAAAUGUGUCUAAAGGUUUUCUAUAUCGGCCAAAAUUAUAGUGUGAUGGCCUUACUAGCAAGUCAAGAACAAUAAAAGAUGGACAUAUUGAUGACAAAUUUAUGGGCUCACAUGCUUAUAGGGGAAACAUUUGUGUUUUAUAAAUGUCAACAAAUAUGCUUUAAGCAGUCAUUGAUCUAUGCAUUUAUAAGUUUUAAUCAGUUUGCUCGUAGGCAUGUAUUGGGUUAAACAAUAAGCAUUAAAAACUUUAUAAGAAAGUAUACAUUAGUGAUUGUGUUCAUAUGGUAUCGAUAUAAAAUUUCUUUUAAAGUUAUUGACUUGAAAUCUGCAAGUUAGAAACGGAUGAAAACAACCCAGAACUAUUUUGGGAAAAUGUUUGUGUGUGUUUUUUACUACCAGAUUAAAUCUACCUUGUUUGAUAAAAGUUUCUUGUUUGUUGAAAUACAUUAUGAAAAUAUACACCUUUGUAAAUAAAUGUCUUCUGAUAGUAUUGAUAUUUUUAAUUAUUUGUAUACAGUUCCAGGUGAUUUUUAUAUUUAUUUAACAUUUAUGUUUGGAAUACAGAUUUAUGAUUGUUCUUUAUCUGCAAUAGUUAUUGUGUUAUGUUUUAGAGUGUGUCAAAUGAAAAGUGUUUCUGGAAUGAUAUCCUUUAUUUUGCAUUUAAACCAUUUAUUUA